AUGCCAACAAAACGCAUAGGGGCUGAUUUGAACCGUAAUACAAGUAAAUCUCGAAGCUUGCGAAAUAGAAGAUCCGAAAGAACCGAAGAACAAAUCCAGCAACAAAAUACUGAUGCACGUGUCAGAAUGGCGCAGUUGCGUCAAGAAGAGUCAGAAGACACACGAGCUGAACGCAAUGAAGUAAUAAGAUUAGAACAACGACAAUCACGCCGUUUCACAGUCAAUAGACGCAGAACAAAUGACCAACAACGACANGUCUAGCAUUCCAGUAUGAGCCCGAUAUUGAAUAUUAUGCUCAUUCAAAAGUGGUAAUUGGUGCUAUGGACAAGGAAUGUCCGCAUUGUCAUGCUCUGAAAUCCAAAAAUGAGCCAGCUGGGGUGUGUUGCGCGUCAGGAAAAGUGCAACUACUUGAAAUUGAAACACCAUCUGAACCAUUGAACG